GUGCGCGCACACUCAGGGGCUCGAGUGAACGCCUUUCGUAUGGCUGAUGCGGCCACUCCUCCUGAACAACGGCACCCUGUUCUGCAACGCUGUUUAAAUGACACAAUAACGACUGAAAAGUUACAUUAAACGACUUUUUGAAGGACUCCUGCUGAUUUAUAGCUUCACGCAUGGUCCGUCCGUCAGUCUGCAGCGUCGUCCACAACGCGAGGCUUUGGGAGAGAUCUGCAGGACUGAAACGCACUUCCUUCAGGCGGUUGUGUAUUUAUACGCUCCCAUGCGACGGGUUUAACUUCAUCUGCGGAUUAUUCAAGACACGGGACCCUUUAAAUGGAUGUGUUGUCUUUGAAGAAAGAUCGAUGGGAUUGGAAUACUAAAACUAUCGCUGCCUUUUAAAAGCUAUUAUCAUUCAUAUUAGCUAAUAUUAUACGUAUAUCUCCAAAGGACACAUGAGCCUUGGGUACUUUUCGUGAGAGAUAAAUGCAACGUUAGCGCAUCAGGAGAUGUUAUCAGUUGUUUUUUUAAUAAAACUGAACAUUGCAUGUAUUGCUUUAGGGAGAGGAAUGAAGGACUAGAGUUGUUGCACACUACAACAUUGAAUCUAAAGUCUUUGUCCUCAGAGCCCUUGGAGAUAUGGAGGGACAGGAUGGAAAAGGGAACAAUAUCGACCAUAAUACAAAAGCAGAGAAGAAAUUUGCACUCUGGUACAUGGGCUGGUCUAAUCUGGAUCGGAGGACCACGUUGCCCAUGCUGCCGUGGCUGUUGGCUGAGAUCCGGAGGAAAACUGAGAAAAACGAGUCGGGUCCUGCACAGGCCAGAGAAGUUCAACUGUUCCUUUCGCCUCCACUGAUUCGAUGCGUGCCUGCAAACAGCAGCAACCCGUCCGUGUUCAUAUUCGAGCACAAGGCACAGUUUAUUUCAAGGUUUAUCCACAACAGUCAUGACUUAUGUUAUUUUGCCUAUCUUAUCAGAAGUCAACCUGAAAACCCAGAGUCUGAGAUGGCAUGUCAUGUGUUCAAGGCGUGCGAUCCAAACCAGGUGCCUGAGGUUAUUAGCAGCAUCAGACAGGUGUCCAAAGCUGCUCUUAAGGAGGAAAGCAAGCCCAAGCAAGAGAAUGAUGAAUCUUUCUACAACUCCCAAAAGUUUGAAGUGCUUUACUGUGGAAAAGUAACUGUCAACCAAAAGAAAGCCCCGUCCACUCUGAUCGACGAUUGCAUCGAUAAAUUCCGCCAGCACGAGAUUGAACGCAAGCGACUGCGCCUUCUCAACGGGCAGCGCAGCUCUACCGAGACCCCCGUGGAAUUCAUUUUGGGAGAUGACCCUCUCAGUGCUUCUCUCUGUGAAGUCGAGGAACCUGAACCGGAGCCCGGCUCAUUCGAGGAGGAGCUGUUUGGGGUGGGCAACGGGAAACUGGACCUGACGAGCGGCUCCAGUGCGGGCAACCUGCGAGGAGCCUUUCCCGAAUGCAUCCUGGAGGACUCUGGGUUUGGGGAGCCACAGGAAUUCCGGACACGCUGUAGCAGCCUGGCCGGUAGCCUGCAGAAGAAGCCGGGCAAGGGGUCAACGCGUAGGAGGCACGCCAGCGCACCCAAUAACGUGCAGCCGUCAGACUCCGAUAAGAAUCGUACGAUGCUGUUCCAGGUUGGUCGGUUUGAAGUGAACCUCAUCAGCCCCGACAUCAAAUCUGUGGUUCUGGAGAAGAAUUUCAAAGAUAUCUCAUCCUGUUCACAGGCAGUGAAACAGACAGAUCACUUUGGCUUUAUUUGUCGGGAUGUAGUGGAGUCUGGCACAAGCCAGUAUGUGUGUUAUGUGUUCCAGUGCGCUAGCGAAUCUCUGGUAGAUGAAGUGAUGCUUACCAUGAAGCAAGCCUUUAGCACAGCAGCAGCCCUCCAGAGCUCCAAAAACCAAAUCAAACUGUGCGAGGCUUGUCCAAUGCACGACCUACACAAGCUUUGCGAGAGAAUUGAAGGCUUGUAUCCUCCCAGAGCAAAACUAGCUAUUCAGAAGUACCUGUCCCAACUGAGCGACAACGAACAGGUCAACAUAUUCGAACGGGUGCAGAAAAUGAAGCCGACAUCUGACCAGGAAGAAAACGAGCUUGUGAUUCUUCACCUCCGGCAGUUGAGUGAGACCAAGCAGAAAUCUCACGUUCAUAUUGGAGAGGCCCCACAGAAUGCUGCCAACACCACCACCUCUGAUAACUCAGGACGCAAUAAAAUGGACGUGUUGAAGAACAAAGCCCGGAGUUCUCUGACAAGCUCCCUGGAGAACAUCUUCUCACGGGGUGCCAAUCGUAUGCGCAUGCAUCUGGGCAGCAUGGGAAGUUUUGACCGUCAGGGCGACUCUCCCGGUGACUCCCCACCUGGAACUCCACCCGGUUACCUUGACGACGACCCAGAUGCCCCGCAGUUCCGUCGGCGAGCGCACACCUUUAGCCACCCGCCCAUUAAAAAAAAGAUCUCUUUCACUGAGGUCUCAUCUCAGGCCUAUAAGGCUCCACUGCGCAGGCAGCAGUCUUUGGCUCCGGAGCUGCUUCAGAGCAGUCCUGUUGGUAUCUCAAGAGUACGCAGUGUUUCUGAGGGCGAGUCAACCUUCAGCCUCUCUUCAUCUUUCCACACCCCCACUUUCCUGAAAACAUUUUACCAGGGCUCCCUGGGCUCCCUGGCCUCCCUGCCGGACAGCGGGAGUGUUAAGAGUGCUAAUGGAGAAGGCAGGAAGAGAUCUUUGUCAGUCUGUAGCACCGAUUCUUUGACUCUGGUGCCUCCGCGGAGAGUUUCUUGGCGUCAGAAGAUUUUUCUGAGGGUGGCAUCACCCAUGAACAAACCCACAGCAACUAUGCAGAACAUGGACCACAUGGAUGGCCGGGAGCUAUUGCCUCUCUCUCCUCGGUCUUUGGAUCAGGGUCAGUACCCUCUGGUCAGCCCCUUGUCCACAGAGCAGAGCUUCGGUGGAGAAAAAGGCCAGCGCAGCCCAGCCAAUUACAGGGCCCUGUGGAAAAAAGCCAUCCACCAACAGAUUCUGCUCAUCCGCAUGGAGAAGGAGAACCAGCGCCUGGAAGCCAGCUGUGAUGAACUGCACAUUCGUAAGAUGAAGCUGGACUACCAGGCAGUGUGUCAGUCCUCAAAAGAGGUGCAUGCCCUGUGGGACAGGAAGUUGAGCAGCCCGUGUCGCACUAAAGUACAGUGGGACAAGGAGGAGAUCCACAGUGCUGUCUGUCAGGGGGUCCCUAAAAGCAGGCGAGGUGAGGUGUGGCUCCUGCUCUCCCAGCAGCAUCGUCUGCGUAACCGCCUGCCACAGAGGCAACAGCCCCCUGAUACACCUUAUCAGGAUCUUCUCAAGCAGCUGACAGCACAACAACACUCCAUCCUGGUCGAUCUGGGUCGGACAUUCCCAACACAUCAGUAUUUCAGCACUCAGCUGGGUGCCGGGCAGCUGUCUCUGUAUAAUCUACUGAAGGCUUACUCCCUGCUGGACACGGAGGUGGGCUACUGCCAGGGAAUCAGUUUUGUGGCUGGUUUGCUGUUAUUGCACAUGAGCGAGGAGCAGGCUUUCGACACGCUCAAGUUCCUCAUGUACGACCUGGGCAUCCGGCGGCAGUACUGCCCUGACAUGAUCUCUCUGCAGAUUCAGAUGUACCAGCUGUCCCGACUGCUGCACGACUAUCAUCGUAACCUGUACACUCACCUGGAGGAGCAGGAGAUCUGCCCCAGCUUGUACGCCGCGCCCUGGUUUCUUACUCUUUUCUCCUCUCAGUUCCCGCUCGGCUUUGUUGCCCGUAUAUUUGAUCUCCUGUUUGUCCAAGGCACGGAUGCGAUUUUUAAGGUGGCCCUGUGUUUGCUGAGCAGUCACGAGGGAGAGAUACUGGAGUGCGACGGUUUUGAAAGUAUUGUGGACUACCUUAAAUCCACCAUCCCCACCCUCACUCACAGCCAAAUGGAAGAGAUCAUUGCCAAGGCUAUAGAGAUGGACAUCUCCAAGCAGCUGCACGCGUAUGAAGUGGAGUACCAUGUUCUGCAGGAUGAGCUCUCAGAUGCUCCUCCACCAUCAGAAGAGUCUGAUAGACUAGAUAAACUGGAGAAAGCCAAUGUUCAGCUCAAGAAACAGAACAUGGACUUACUAGAGAAAUUACAGGCGGCUCGUGCGAAGAUUCAAACGUUGGAGACCAGCAUGGAGAGCUUCCUGUCACGCGAGAGCAAGAUGAAGCACCUGAUCCGUUCUCUGGAGCAGGAGAAGGCCUCCUAUCAGAAAAUCAUCGAGCGCAUGCGAAACAAUUUACCCCCAGAAGCCAUGGCUGAUGUGGAGAUGACACAACUCAAGUCCAGCACCAACGGAAAAGCUAAAGCUGACGGUAAAAAGCCUUGAGUUGGCUUAAAGGCACAACCCACUGACUGACAUAUCACACAAUGAUUGGUUGGAGAGAUUGAGUCGACGGCUUUUAAAGAUGUGCUGUUGCCUCUUACGCUUCACUACAUGUAUGCAGACCAACGUUUCCAAAUAAGAACAUCUGCUUCUUCCACUUGUUUCCCAAAGUGCUUCACUCCUGACUGCCUAAUUCAGUCUUUUCACAUACGCUGGAGAAAUGAGGACAAAUUAGAAAACACCUCUGUUGAAAAUACUUGAAAACAAUACAAAAAGUGUUUUGUUUCCAAAGAGCAUCUGUGUACAAGGUUUGUUGUGGAUAACGAGAAGGUGACUGUGUCCACUGUGAAUGUUUUUUUGACACUCCAUAAGGGUUAAACACUGACUCAUUUGAGGAAAACCAAAUAUUUACCAGGUUGAUCUUUUGCUUGAAGUGCUUCACCUAAAGUGCAAGCAGAAAGUGAAUCCAUGUGAUGCUGGGUUUCCUCUGCAACUUACAAACAUGAUCUUGCUGCCCAGACUCCGCUGAGCUCUGGUUGACAUGUUUGGGCUUCACAAAUCGCUGUCUAAAGACAAAGGUUAACGUGUCUUUAAACUGUCAUUGCACAGUAUUCUGUGUGCUGAAUGCAAAGUGUGCCUGAUGUAUAACACUAUACAUAUAGAUGUAUGUGUGCAAUGCUGAUCAUUGUUCAAUCUAAGAUAGACAUAAAUCCCAUUUGAUUUUUCUCUCUUCCUUUCUGAAUGUUCGUGUCCCACUAAAACUCUACUAUCUGUGCUAAUAGUUUUGUAGAGUUUUAUAAGACUGGAGAGGUCAUAAUAUUUCCUCAGUGUCUCGGAGAGUUGCUUACAAAAGAGAAGACUGUUAUAUCUGAAACGGUCUGAAAGAUUUGAUAAAGAUCAUCUUUGAAGACAUCUGAAAGCAUAAUUUCAUCAUUAAUGGUUUUGAAGUACAAAUUUGAUGUCAUUUAAAUUAGGCACACGAGUCUAAUACAACAAAAUGCACUCCACCAAUGAGAAGCUGUUUCUACAAAUGAUGUGCGAGGCGUUGGGUUGAACCAGCUGUUCAGAUUUGGAUGGUGACCAGAUCAGAUUGUACAUAUGACAAGAAUCACAUUGUAUUGGUCAUCAUCGAAUCACGUGAAUGUUCUUUUCAUCCUUUAUUGUGCACUUAAAGCAGUAAAAUCUACUUGAACACUUUGUCUUCAAGAAGUUUAUUUAUACUGAUCGCAGCUUGCCUCUUGUGACAGUUUAAUGAAUGAAUCAGGCUUUUGUAACUCAUAUGACAGUGUUGGUAUAUUUCUUCUUUUCGCGGUUCUUGUUCAUUUACACUAAUAUAUCAAGUGUGUUUUUACUUCGGUUUAACUGCAGUAUUGCUGCUUGGCUGAUCAAUGGUUACCAGGUUGGCGUAUAGGCUUUCUGAUUCACAUUUUCUAGCUGGUGCUGUUGAUGUGUUUCCAUUGUUUUCUAAUUUCUUGUGAGAAAUGCAUAUCAGAUUUAAAAGAUUUGGAAAUCUUUGGAAAAUGUGAAACAACAAAAAUUGUAAGGAUGUAUGUUUAGUCCAGGGCUCUUUUUUCAGAUGCAUCACUGAGUUCCCAUAGUUCCAUCUGUUCAGAGAGGUACAUUUGAGCAAUAACCCUGCAUUGAAAAACAUGAGUUAACGAGACCGAGUGAACGGAUUUAUAAUAAAACAAUGCAGAAUUAAGAACAAGGUCACAUUGUCUAACUUGAAAGGCACAGUUCACCCAAAAAUAAAGAUUCUGUCAUCAUUUACUCACCCUCAAGUUGUUCCAAAUCUUUAUAAAUUUCUUUGUUCUGAUGAACACAGAGAAAGAUAUUUGGAAGAAUGCUUGUAACCGAACAGUUCUCAGUCCCCAUUGACCACCGUAGUAGGAAAAAUUACAAUGGUAGUCAAGGGUGCACCAGAACUGUUUGCUUACAUUCUUCAAAAUAUAUUUGUGUUCAACAGAACAAAGACAUUUAUAAAGCGAUUUUUCCUACUAUGGCAGUCAAUGGUGGCCAAGAACUAUUUUGUUAUAAGCGUUUUACUAAUUUUCUCUGUGUUCAUCUGAACAAAGACAUUUAUUCAGAUUUGGAACAACUUGAGGGUGAGUAAAUGAAGACAGAAUUUUCAUUUUUGGGUGAACUGUUCCUUUAAAUGUGCUGUGGAAUGUGCACAUUUAAGCAUUUAAUACAUAAUAGUCAUAUACUUUCUUCAUGUUACAUUGCAUGUGCCAAAACUUGUUCAUCUUUAUUCCUUUGUUUCUCCAUGAUCAUCAUCUGCCAUUGCACAUAAAAUGACAGUAUCGUGUUGUAACGCUAAACACAAAGACAGUGUUGCGUUUUGUUAAAUUUCUUUCAUUGAAUCUGUUGAACUUGUGUGUGUGCUGUGUACAGAUAUCUCAUGUUUUUUCUGAGAUAUACUGGACUUGAUUUGGACUAGUCUGUCAGUCACCCAUACUCUAUUAAAAUCAACUUUUUAUUCCUUA